GCGGCGCGGAAACUUGGCCGCGGCUUUCCGGGAGCUGUGACUCGGGAGGGGGUGGCGCAGGAGCGGUCGCUACCCAGUCGGGACCAGGCCGCCGGCUUCGCGGAGCUCCGCGCGCUCCUCCCGCCCCCGGGCUCGCGCUCUUGGAAGGGGCGCGCCCGCGCGGACCCGCGCUCCCGUCGCCGCCCACUCCCCUUCCCGCGGCCGCCCCUCCCUCCGCCCGGACAGCCGGCGGUGGCGGCGGCGGCGGUGGCGGCCGGGAGAGGCCCCUCCUUCACGCCCUCCUUCUUUCCCUCGCUCGCAGCGGAGCGGAGCCGGCGGACGCGGCUGGGCCCCCAACCCUCCCCGGGCCAUGGCCGGCAACGUGAAAAAGAGCUCCGGGGCCGGGGGCAGCGGCGGCUCCGGGGGCUCGGGCUCGGGCGGCCUGAUCGGGCUCAUGAAGGACGCCUUCCAGCCGCACCACCACCACCACCACCUUAGCCCCCACCCGCCGGGCACCGUGGACAAGAAGAUGGUGGAGAAGUGCUGGAAGCUCAUGGACAAGGUGGUGCGAUUGUGUCAGAACCCAAAGCUGGCGCUAAAGAAUAGCCCACCUUAUAUCUUAGACCUGCUGCCAGACACCUACCAGCACCUCCGCACUGUCUUGUCAAGAUAUGAGGGGAAGAUGGAGACCCUUGGAGAAAAUGAGUAUUUUAGGGUGUUCAUGGAGAAUUUGAUGAAGAAAACUAAGCAGACCAUAAGCCUCUUCAAGGAGGGGAAAGAAAGAAUGUAUGAGGAGAAUUCUCAGCCUAGGCGAAACCUAACCAAACUAUCCCUGAUCUUCAGCCACAUGCUGGCAGAACUAAAAGGAAUCUUUCCGAGUGGACUCUUUCAAGGAGACACAUUUCGGAUUACGAAGGCAGAUGCUGCUGAAUUUUGGAGGAAAGCUUUUGGGGAAAAGACAAUAGUCCCUUGGAAGAGUUUCCGACAGGCCCUUCACGAAGUGCAUCCCAUCAGCUCCGGGCUCGAGGCCAUGGCUCUGAAAUCCACUAUUGAUCUGACCUGCAAUGAUUAUAUUUCAGUUUUUGAAUUUGACAUCUUUACACGACUCUUUCAGCCCUGGUCCUCUUUGCUCAGGAACUGGAACAGUCUUGCCGUAACUCAUCCUGGUUACAUGGCUUUCCUGACAUACGAUGAAGUAAAAGCUCGGCUCCAGAAGUUCAUUCACAAACCGGGCAGUUACAUUUUCCGGCUGAGUUGCACUCGUCUGGGUCAGUGGGCUAUUGGGUAUGUCACUGCUGAUGGGAACAUUCUGCAGACGAUCCCUCACAAUAAACCUCUCUUCCAAGCCCUGAUUGACGGCUUCAGGGAAGGCUUCUAUCUGUUUCCAGAUGGACGGAAUCAGAAUCCCGACCUGACAGGCUUAUGUGAACCAACUCCCCAAGACCACAUCAAAGUGACCCAGGAACAAUAUGAAUUAUACUGUGAGAUGGGCUCCACCUUCCAGCUGUGUAAAAUAUGCGCUGAAAACGAUAAGGAUGUGAAAAUUGAGCCCUGUGGACACCUCAUGUGCACGUCCUGUCUCACGUCCUGGCAGGAAUCCGAAGGCCAGGGCUGUCCUUUCUGCCGAUGUGAAAUUAAAGGUACUGAGCCCAUUGUGGUCGAUCCGUUUGACCCUCGAGGAAGUGGCAGCCUACUGAGGCAAGGAGCCGAGGGAGCUCCCUCCCCAAAUUAUGAGGAUGAUGAUGAUGAACGAGCUGAUGAUUCUCUCUUUAUGAUGAAGGAACUGGCUGGUGCGAAGGUGGAACGGCCUCCUUCUCCGUUUUCGAUGGCCCCACAAGCUUCCCUUCCCCCAGUGCCACCUCGACUUGACCUUCUGCAACAGCGGGUGUCUCUUCCUGCAAGUGCUUCUGGUCUUGGAACUGCUUCUAAGGUAGCUUCUGGCUCCCUUCAUAAGGACAAACCAUUACCAAUACCUCCCACACUUCGAGAUCUUCCACCACCACCCCCUCCAGACCGGCCAUAUUCUGUUGGAGCAGAAUCCCGGCCGCAGAGACGUCCCUUGCCUUGUACACCGGGUGACUGUUCGUCCAGAGACAAACUGCCCCCUGUUCCCUGUGGCCGCCUUGGGGAAUCAUGGCUGCCUCGGCCAAUCCCCAAAGUACCAGUGGUUGCCCCCAACUCUAGUGACCCCUGGACAGGUAGAGAAUUAACCAACAGGCACUCACUCCCAUUUUCAUUGCCCUCACAAAUGGAACCCAGAGCGGAUGUGUCCAGGCUUGGAGGCACAUUCAGUGUGGAUACCUCCAUGAAUGUGAAUAACAACCCAUUAGCAGGUUCAGAGUGUGAGCACCCCAAAAUCAAACCUUCUGCAUCGGCCAAUGCCAUUUACUCUCUGGCCGCCCGGCCUCUUCCUGUACCAAAGCUGCCCCCCGGGGAGCAGUGUGAAAGUGAGGAGGACACGGAGUAUAUGACCCCCUCCUCCAGGCCUCUGGGGCUUCCAAAGCCAGAUGGGAAACGGCCUUUGGAGACCGCCCAGAGUUCACGAGCGUGUGACUGUGACCAGCCGAUUGAUAGCUGUACAUACGAAGCAAUGUAUAAUAUUCAGUCCCAGGCGAUGCCAUCAGCCACAGAAAGCAGCUCCUUCGGGGAAGGGAGUCUGGCCGCGGGCCAUGGGGGUGCCGGCCCUGAGGGAUCAGAAAAUGAGGAAGACGGCUAUGACGUCCCUAAGCCGCCGGUGCCGGCUGUGCUGGCCCGCCGGACCCUCUCCGACAUCUCUAACGCCAGCUCCUCUUUUGGCUGGUUGUCUCUGGAAGGCGAGCCCACCACACACUUCACCGAGGGUUCCCAAGUUCCUGAAAGGCCUCCCAAGCCGUUCCCUCGGAGAAUCAACUCAGAACGGAAAGCAGGCAGCUGUCAGCCGGGUGCCGCCGCCGCCUCCUCGCCGCAGCUCUCCAGUGAGAUCGAGAGCCUCAUGAGCCAGGGCUACUCCUACCAGGACAUUCAGAAGGCCCUGGUCAUUGCCCACAACAACAUCGAAAUGGCCAAGAACAUCCUCCGGGAAUUUGUUUCUAUCUCGUCUCCUGCCCACGUCGCCACUUAGCAGAACCCUCUCCGCUGUGGCGUCAGGACCAGUGAGCCGGGCGCUGUCCCCCAGGCGGCCCCUCAGAGGGCAGAGGUUCCUCGGGAGACUUCACAGUGAAGUCUGGCCCUCUCUGUGGGAUUCCACAUCUGUGGUUCCAAGAUUUCAAAACAGUGGAGUGAACGUGGAGCAGCUAGUGUGUUUUACUUUGUUUUGAGAGUGGAUUUGAAGGUGUCCUUCAGUCCCCAAUUAGAGUGUGGAUUUUUAUUAAAUGGUAGCCUACUGGGGGAACAGUCUAGAAAGCGGUGGGAGAAGUAUUGUGCUGUAAAUCCUCAUGGGGGACUUCAGACUUCCCUGGGUUAAGGAGUGCUUGUGCGUGUGUGUGUGUCUGUCUGUCUGUGGUGGCGUGUGUCCUGUGAUUAUAAGAUGAGCCUGCUGUGUGUGUUAAUCCUGGGCAGGGAAUUAGCACAAGAGACGUAGGAAGGAAUGGUCCGGAGACCUCCCUCUACUGUGGUGUGAGACCCCGCCCUGGUGUGUAGUACGGUGCCCUCGAGCUCCCCUGUGGCUUGAAUUACCGUGCGCACAGCUCAAGUCUUGUAUUUUUAGAACACCCUCCCUCUGUCCUUUCCCCUGUCUCUGCCUCCUCCUCCUUGGUGUCUGUCAUUGGCCGCGGGCUUGCUCCGACCAGCCUCACUGAAGCCCAGUGACUUACAGGAUGUUCCUGAUUACGUGUGAUGGUGUUGGUUUGUUUGGUGGAUAGACGGGGCAAGGAAAAGUACUGUUGCUGCAUCAUCACAGUCCUGUGUGAUCCUAGCGGCUAACACUGGUCACUCCAAAGCACUGUUCCCAUAGGAACGUUGAUUCUGUGACAAUGAGAUGUUUUAAUUAUCCUAAUGACGUAAUGACUGAUCUGAGAUAGAGGCCUUCAGAUACAUUCCAUGCCCUCCCCAGAAGGCCGUCUGUGGGAGUCCGUUGCCUUCCUGCCAGGUGUGUGUUCUCAUGUAGGUCACGGGCGUUUAUCCUUACUGGAAGGGAAGAACAUUUGUUUGCAGUCUGGCUUUCUGGCCUGAAGGCCACCAAACUUUGAGGAGCUUCCUUUUCAUGCUCUUUCCCUUAUGCAGAAGAUGGACAAAAUAGAUAGGACUCAUCGGUUUGGUUUUUCUUCCCAGUGAGUCAGUUCCAACUUGUGUGGGCACCUCCCUCGCAACGUGAGCCAGGUUAUACUUUCAGAAGAGGCUUUUGUCCUUGCUCUUGAAGGGGAGGGGAUGGCACCCAUGGUAGCACAGCAUUUUGCUGGUAAUUAGCACCAGUCCUCCCCUGGCACCACCAACGAUAUGGUUUUCUCUUGUGCCUGUGGCUUUGGGAACGGAGCAUCUCUUCCCCUCUUCUCGCCACACUGGUCCUCUGUGCUCUUCACAGACCGCAUUCUCCAUAGUAAUGACAGGUCCCGAAGUGCGACGAACACCUUUGCAGGGGUCAGAGAUGGGGCGAAAAGCCCAGCAGCUGGUGCGCAAGUGGGUUUGUGAGGAAGAUUCGGAGUCCAGCGUGGGGGGGCCGUGAAUCGGUUCCGGUAAGGUACUGCGAAAUGAGCCCCGGUCAGCCAGUGCUCUGGCCGGUCUUUGCUGAAUUCCCUAGCAGGCCGUACCCUCCUGCGCAGCAGAAGCAAACCUACUCUUUGAUACAUCUGCCCUCCUCUAAGUCUAAAUCAUGCUUUUGUCUUUAGAUCCAGACAGAAAUGAAUCUCUCGAGGUCCAUUUUCUUUCCCAUUUUUUCAUCUGUGGAACUAAAGCGUUUCCUGAUUCUUCUCUUCGCUUUUGGCUAUUCCUAGACCUUUUGGCUUUAUGCUCUUGCCUCAGAGCCAUUUACAUUCCCAGGGUAAAUGGUACUGGACCUCUUGUCAAUAGGCUCUGGCUCCCCAGUGUCUGCUCAGCAUGGCCGGGAGCAGCAGCCCUGCCCGGGCGCACCUGGGAGCGGGACAGUGGCAGUCACUGGGAAGCAGUGACCUAGCGUCUCCUUCUAAGAGCCAGUAAGGAGCCUGUUUCAUUUGUGGUUAACACUCCGUUUGCAUUUUGUUUAGAUGCUGGAGUCAGGCAAAGAACCAGGGAAGAUGGCAGCAUUUUCACUGCCUGUCCACACUGGAAGUUUUCCUUGUCUGCAGACCUCGUCCACAGUCUGAAGGUGUGUCAGGAGAACAGAGCCCUGGUUCUGCAUAUCUCUUGCCUGUUUGGUGUAUCCCACAUAUUCUCUGGAGAGUCUUUCCUUACUCAUAUAGGCCAAGGGCAGGUUCGUCCCUUUUUUCCUAAUUGAGUACCCCCGUGCCUCCCGGGGUGGGCCCUGAGACUGGGCUGUCAAGACCCUAGGGUCAGACAUACGCAUCGGUGACUGGCUUGCUGGGUGGCUGUCCUUUGUGGGCCUGGGCUUCCCGCGGGUUAGAACAUUCUGGAAGGUUUGCUAUCUUUGGGUGCUCUGAGGACAAACUUCAGCCAUGCCUGAGACCGCCAUCAUCCCCUCAGAAAAGUUUCCACGUGGGCGUUUGUCUUGAGGGGACUUCCAAAACUUUAAUUUCUUCACUUUUCCUUGGACUAAGGCACAAAUAACCCUUCUUCAUCUUCCAGUUGUAUGGCAGUUUCCAAUUCUGGGCUCUGCUUGGAAUUUAAAACUGCCCUUUCAGAAGUGGGCUCUGAGUUCUGCCAGUUUGGGCAGACCCCUCCCCUCUCUCCCUCCGAAUUCAGGGUGGUUCCUUCUCUGAUCCCUUCCCAGGAGGAUGAGGUAAAAGCCACUUAGGGGUUUUGUCAGAUGCAUUAGGUUCUUCUCUUCAGUGCGGUCUCCUGCUUUCCCUUUGUCUUUCUGGCUUGGUCUACACAGUCUGCCUCGUCGUCGUCUGGGGUCUGCUCGGCAGUAGGUCAUCCGCUGCCCGAGCCAGGCUCCUUCCGCUCAGGUAAAGGGUUCUCAAGUGGAAAAAACCUGUGGGCUCUGUGAUAUACCUCCCUUGAAGAAAUGAAGAGAUUGGUCAGUUUCUCGUCUCCGCGUUUACCUGUUAAUGUUGAUGUAAAUAGCGCUCUGUACCUGUGGAUGGCCAUUCUCCUCCCCUGGCCCUCUGGCCCCCCACAGCCCACACACUCUCUGCCCUUCUCUUAGCCACACAGCCCCAGGGCCCAGGAUGGGGGAGAGUGCUCCUUGUAUCAGUUAGCUGUUCCGUGGAUUAAAAUUUUUCAAAGGGGGUCGCUAUUCUUCAUACUUAAAAGUAUUUAUUUUCUCUGUAGAAAAGUAAAAUAUAACCCAUGGUCCACACAGGAAACAUACAAAUGAGUUUUUGUAAAUUUGCUAGCAGAGUAGGGACCAAGCUCUGUGUUCCCUUUAAGGCACCAUUAACAAGAUCUGCACCUGUUUCGGGUGGUCGGCGCAGGUGUUGAUGCAGAAUAUUUUCCUACCUCACGUCAUGACAGUCAGGGUUACAGACCUUCUUCCUAAACUGCAACUUUCCCUUCCUGCCAUUGGCCUCUCUGACUCCAGUGGCCCCUGGCCUGGAAAGAGCGGCCUUUGGACCACUAGCCCGGCUGUGUACCCGUUAGCCUGUUCGUUCGGCAGAUGUGAGUGACUCCCAGGUGCCAGCAGUGCCAGCUCCGCUCUCUUCCCUCCCACCACAUGCAGAUUUCCUGAUGCCCAUGUAUUGUACUUGCCGGCUCGCCUUUCCCUUUGGCCCUGAGAUAACCCUUCCUGGAAGAUCGUGCAGUGUGUAUUCACAGCUCUUUUCAUGGAGCCAUGGGUUCCUUGUAAAAGCAAUUCAGAGCUCUCCCGUGAACCCCGGUUGUCUUCCCAGAGCCUUGAUGACGUCUGGGAGAUUCGGCGGCGGUCUCCUGGGUACCCGCCGGCUUGGAUGCGUUUCAGUGGAAUCUGUGUUGAGUUGAGGUGCAUAUUGGCUCAGAGUUGCACAGUAGGGCAGUUAAAUGUUUAAGCAAGGCAUCUGCCCACAGUCCCCUCUCCAGUCUAGUGCCUUCCUUGAUCUUUUUACUGAACUGCUUGGAGUCCCUAAUCCCCCUUGUUGUGAAUUUUCUUGUCACCCUCGUGGGACCUGUCACCAUCUCCCAUUCUCUUUGGGACUUGUCCGCCAGACCUUCAACGACCUUUGCAGCUAAUUCUGUGUCCUAGAAGGGCUGGAGGUGUGAUGGUUGGAGUGUUGGAGACCCAACAUCAGGGUCCUGGUCUUGAACGGAUGUACGUGCUCUCCCAAGAGCCAGGCAGUAAACUAGAUGGAACUCAGUCAUUUCGCAGAAAUGUCAGCCUUUCCCUCCCGGGGUAGGAAGCUCAGGACCCUAGAACUUUGCAUCAGGGUGCACACGUCAGCAUGAAGGGGUCCUCGCACCACUUUAACCUCAGCCUCUGUCGCGCUCUUUCUUUACAAAUGCAUCAAGCCAUUUGUGCACGGCGGAGGGUGCAUAGGGAAAGGAGGUCACAAUCUUGUGUCUUCGACUGUCCUGUUUAGGAAUCCAGGCUAAAGAAAGGAGAGAAUCCUCCGGAUGCUGGGUAUUUCACAGACCCCAGCAUGGGAAGCGUAUUGGGUUCUUGCAUGGAGCUGGGACUUACACCCCAUUGCCCAGGUCCACACCACCUCCCGGCUCUUGGGAUCACCGUGCACAGCUUCCCAGUACCUCUUAACUCCUAUUCUCAAGAAAAAAUACAGUCAGCCCAGCAUGUUACUCGGCUUUCUACCCUCAUUGGUCAGCCUGGGUGCAGGGGGCGGGGGAGGGGGGAGGCGGCGGCAGUGUCCUGUCCCCUUGGGUGGGAGUUGGGGUGGGGGGUGGGCUCUCCUAGAAGAGGCUUCAGACAGGAUAAAUACCUUAGAAGUAUUUUAGUAGCAAAACUGCUGUCCUGCCGCCCACUUCCCACCCCGCUUUUUUGAGAGUGGAAAGGCAGGACACAGGACCGUAUCUGGACAUUGAGGAAAUUCUUAGGUUUCGCUUCAUUUGGGUUUCUGGCAUCUUUGUUGCUUUAUUUCCUGUUUUAAUUCCCUUUACCAGUCUUGGCAUCCAAGAUUUCUUACCUCCCUCUUCAGGACCAGUUUCUCCUGCCCCGGAGCUCGUGUGUUCUUGGGAGACAUUUCUUCACCUUCAUUCAAUCUCAGGUUUUUAGCCUUCUUUCGUACUUAGAGAGCAGAUCACAAAUCCCACGGUCACCACCCAUGGACUUCUGGGCUCUCCUCAGGUUUUAGCGCUGAAAAUAUAUUCAUUCUAUGAGCCUGUGGCCCGCCCGUGCCCCUCCCUGCCCGCCUCCUCACCCUUGCAUUUGGUCUUUGCCAUGUGAGGAGAGCUCUGCACUAAUAGCUAUGGGCAGGCCUUCUGAGGUACCCCAGAAGCUACUUCCCUGUAGCCAGCAAGAGUAUCUGGUGGCUGGGACAGUUGCCAGGACAGAAAUCAGAUGUAGAUGUCAGCUCGGAGGAGUUUUGACUGAGAGCUCUUUAGACCAGAAACCCUUGUCUUCCCUGUCCGCCGGCUUGCUUUGUGGUCCCGUAUCAAAGCCUUUAAUUUUUUGGAUUUUGACACAACUGCUUCUGCUUGCCUAAGUGUUUUGAUCUUACUUACCUCAUCCUGGGGCCUGUCCCAUGUUAGUAAGGCAUUUCAUAAUUACUUGUAACUUUUUUAAACUGUUGGAGUCGUUUGGAAUACACAGAAGUAACCUAGUAAUCCAAAGAUACACAUUGAGGCACGUGACAAACGGUGGGGUCGUUAGCCUUUGCAUUUGAUACUCUGGACUCGGCUCCAGACUUAAGGACCAGAGGGACAGCAACGCCAUGUGCCUCUGUCCAAGGAAAUCUGGGUUGGUCUCAAAGGAGAGUACCAGUGUUUUUUCGUUCCAAUAAGUAGCACCCCAAUGAAGAGGUGGGGAGGUAGGGACGGAAAGAGCGAGCGCUGCGUGGAGGCUCGUUCACGUUCAGAUGGGAAGGUCAGCCCUUCUGAAGGGCCAGCUGUUUACUCGGAUAGCAGCUGUCUGCACCUCUCCCUGCCCCUUCCCUUGGGUCGUGCUUGAGAAAAAUGUGGCGGACCACUCCCUCUUUUUGUACAGGGCCAAGGCUGAAAGCCAAACUCCGCUCCUACUGAUUAGGCAGCCAAACAGAUCAGCAGAGCUGUGAUCACCCGGCUCCGUGUUCCUGACUUCUUCCUGCAGGGAACGAGAGAGGCACCUCUCCUUUGCCUCACAAGUUCUCCUUCCACCCCUGCACCAGACUGGGAGACCAGGUUGGGGAGUGGGGGUAUGCUCAGGACAAGCCCCGUGUGACUCCUCAGGCCUGGCACUGCCUUCCUGCUCAGCCCCACCAGGGGGACGGGGCGGGGGUUUUAGGUGGGGUGGAGAGGAUGGUGUGCAGGCCAGGCUGUGUGCCCACACUCGGUGCCCUGAAGUCCGUGUGUGUCGCUCCCUCCUCCCUACCUACCUCUGACCCUGUUGUGGGUGAGGGUGGCCGUGCUCAUGGCUGUCUGGAAACUGAAGAGGCAGAGACCUAUUAAGGAAUCUGUAGACCACAUGUUUUUCCUUGGCUUCUUUCUUCUGCUGUCUGGGUAAGCCUGUAGGCACAGUGCCUGGGAAAGCGGAUGCCUCCCGACCUGCCUGUCUCGGUGUCGUGGCCUUGACCUCCUGCUGAAACAUGUGGUAGAGGCAUGGCAGCUAAGAGGUACCGCCUACAUGUGCUUUCUGGCUGUGGUGACUUGGGAUUUUUAACCUUAUAUAUCUUUUUCCUUUAUUCAAAACAGAACAAUUUUUAGCACACUGAAAAAAAAAAAAAAAGCCAAACAUUUUGUGCCUUUCUAAGGCAGCACUGUAUCCCAGGCUGCAUUUUAGGACUUAAUAUGGAAAUACCAGAGUCUUAGCUCCUCUACCUUGAGUGUCAGUCCUUACAGUCUAGGAGGGAGGAGGAGAAAACUGUGUGGGGUGGGGAAGAGGGCACACAGGUGUGGUGGGGCAGCGGUCCCUUCCCCCUGCCCUGGUGGCUCUGUUGGAAAAAGCAAGCAUUACCCUGGGAUCAUUUGGCUCCAAUCAGAAUCGUAGUUAGAGGUUGAAUGCUGUGUCUCCAGCAGGAGGAGAGAGACUGUCCUGGGACUCCCAGGAGUGCUGUGGACCCUGCAGGUGUGCUAGCCUCCGGCUCCUGGGAAGGACCCAGCUGCGGGGAAGAGCGGAGGAUGGACUCUGACGACAACGGGAGGUGGUUUGUGUCUUUCUGCUGGAUCCCAAACUGGCCUAGACCUCCUGCCUCUCCCUUCAGAUGUGGCUUUUCUUUUAUUUGAAGAUUUCGGUCUUAAAGCAUUAAGUAGCCAGUGCCCUCGGUGGGGGCCAGUUUUCCCCUGGGAAAGGCAGCAAGGCCCACAUGCCAGAGCCUGGCCUCAGGAUUGUGGCCACUGUAGGUUUCAGCAAAGGAAAAAGAAAAAAAUGUUUUCUUCAUGGUAUUUUACUUCUCCCUCUCCCUUUUCAAUUCUUCCCUGCCUUUAACUAAUAAGGAAUUGGGGAAAGAAUUCUUUUUCAAGUCCUCCCUCUUUAGGAUAUUGACAUUUUUGGCCUGGGUGGGGCUGAGGAGAACUCGAUGCUUUCUCCAGAAUAAAGAGUCCCAAUUUGUAUAUCAGUGUUAAAAAUAAGACAAAAACUUAGAUGAGAUUUUUGUGGACUAUUUUAAAAAAUGUGUCAUUAAUAUAAAAAAAUUUAUAUUAGCAGUAUUUAAUCAUUCUCACCUGUAAAGAGUAAGAAAAACAGAAGGUAAAUAUUCUUACAGAGAAGAGCAGAGCUUUAAGAUUCAUUUUCAAUUUUAAGUCCCUUUUGUUUUGCCAGUGUAUUAAUGUCUAGAGGUCUGUUAUACUAAUGUUAUUUAUUAAUUUUUUUUCAUUUCCAUACACAGUUAACUAAAGAGCUUUUUCAAGCACCCAUGUCUGUAAAAAAAAAAUAUUUUUAAAUAAAGUUUCUUUUGUUGUAGCAGACUGGAGUUCUUGCUCUGCCACGGGGGUGGGAGAGUGACAGACUCGGCCAGCCCCAUCCUCACGGUGAGCCCACUGCUACCCCAAGGCGGUUCUGCGCAACGUGACAGAGUGACAGAGUGAAGGGCCAACUUGGCCUGGCUGCUGCCGAGAAGGGCUGUGGUCCUCUGGGAGCUCGAGCCAUUUGCUCAGAAGCAGAGGUAACCCCUCAUCCCCACUCGCAGAUGCAAAGGUUUCGUGUUCCUUCUGGUGUGAUGCCAGAUCCCAGGGCCCCAGGCUGCAGUGGCAACAUGAUGAAUCAAAAGCACUGUGAGGUUUCUGGGACAAUUAAGCUUUAUUUUUCAUAUAUAUAUAUAUACACACACACACAUAUAUAUAAAGGAAAUUUGCAAAUUUACAGACAACCUAACAAAACCACAUAUACAUACACUCACACACGCACACAGAUACCCAUACACACCCCAAAGCUCCAGCAAGCCCGCCUCUUGUCCCUAAGUACCAUUCUCCGUGAGGGCCCUUCUUGCCAGGACCUAAGCCCCUUAGGGAAGUUUGUAGAAGUUUGGUGCUAGUGUAAUUACAGUCUUAAUCCUCCUAAAGGACAGUCUGAACCUCAUCUGUCCCCUAACCUGUCAGUCUGAUAUGACCCGCUGACUGGGCAGUAGGAGCCAAACUUGGGGGUGGGGGCUGUUGGGCUCAAUGGCCUAACUCUGGAGAAAUGCCCGGCUUCCUCCCUGCAGGGACGGGAUACACCCAGCACCUCUUAGGCAAUGACACCAUUCCCGGCUUCUGCCCCGAGAAAGGUGGGUCACAGCAGGACCUGAAGCAGGCAGGGGCUUGUCAUGGAGGCUGGGGAACGCUCUAGAACCGGCGUGAGAGGGGCUUGUGCUCCGUGAGUCCUCACUUCGGUGACACAACUGACCAACGAAGCCAGCCUUUGGGGCAGGAACCAGACAAACAGGCUGCCUCAUCCGGCUGCGGCAGAGGACAGGUAUGUGCGUCCAUGAGCUACAUACAGAGAGAACGUGGUCUGCGAGACACUCUCUCCCGCCCCCAGGAUGCCGAGACCCCUCCCUGGGAUGAGCAUCACCCAACAGAGUGAGCCGGUGGUAGGUUGGUCCCCGACGAGGGACCUCUGCGAUGGGGCCUGCAGGCCAGCUGGGGCAGGGGGCGUUCUCCACAGCCCGCUGUAGAGGCCUGGGUGGUCAUCCUGAGCGCUGGGAGGGAGGGGGCGAGCGGAGAGCACAAAACGUUCCAGGCGGGAGGGGCGCUCAGUGGGGGUGCGUGGGCUAGUGCCUCAGAUCGAUGUAUUUCUCUCCCUAGAAGCAGGUGAAGAGAACAGAUAAGGGGGGAUGCGGCGGGGACAGGGACGGGAGCCUGAGGUGGUGAGCGCUGGAGGGACGAGGGACUGAAGCCAAAGCUGAUGGACUAGGUGUGGAGGGAAGCAGCGGGAGGGGGUGGUGGGACGGGGUGGGAGAGCCUAGGCCCCUGAACCGGACUGGCCACACUGCACCUGGUGACCUGAGCCACGGCACUGUUCAGGAAAGGUGGUGACGGAAAGUGUUUGCUCUCAGGCUUGGGAGCUGCCCCUUCUCCGGGGUCCCUGGGCCACUCGCCUCACCCUACCAUCUGGGACUAGUGUUAGGAAGCCAAGACGGGCCUGCUCCCAGUCUCCAACAGAGGAGGAGGAAGGGGGGAGACAGUUAGUGUUCGGGGACACGAGAGCCAUCAGCCCCGGCUGCUCCCGAUCCCUGAAGCUGGGUCAGGCGCUGGCCAUGGGCACUGCCUCCUACCUGGUCUCCGGGCGCCCUCUGGUCACGGCUGCUGCCCUGUAGGAGGCCCAUCUCUUCUGGGAGCUUAUCUGACUUAACUUCAACUACAAAUUCGCUCUUACGAGACGGGGGCAGCGUGCUGGGAGGGAGGGAGGCAAGAAGUCGGCAUCUCGGGCAAGGAGAGGGAGGCUCGUUGACAAAGACGUUGGACUGGGCGAUGAGGUGCUCUGGGGCUGGCUCAGGGAAGGGGAACAGGCGGUGAAUGGAGAGGAAGUGUGGGUGACGGCAGCUGGCCAGUGGGCAGGAAAGCGGGGAGCAUUCACACCCAGUGCCCCCUCCUGCUCCCAAGGGGUGAGGGGGCAGGGGGGCAGGCAGGGAAUGUCCCUGCCCAGGCGACAAGCUGGGAAGCGUGAUUGGGUGGGGGCGCUGGGUACCCGGCUUACAUCUCCUGCUUGCCUGACCGCCCACAAGGCAGCUUGCCCUUCUUGUAGAAGAAGUAGAGGACAGCACCCAGCACAGCCAGGACCAGGACGCACACGGUCACAGCCACGAUGGCCACGCCCUUGCUUUCAGGCUCUGGCAGCUUCUUCUCUGUCCCACAAAGAUGCUGGGGUCACUCCCAGCCCCAGGCAGCCCUGACCCCACCAUGCCCCACCCCACCUCACCCCUCCACCCCACCCGGCCACAGCCCAGGACUGAUGGAAGAUGGGCCCCUGCUCACCUUUGUGAACAGGGUUCUCCCGGGAAGGGUCAGGGCAGGAGGCGGCUGCCCAGCCACAGCUCUACUCUCGCGCCAGGACUGCUUACCUGUGGAGGUGCCGUUGGCUCGGACAGAGGGGCUGACAGUGGAUGUGCUGAGGCCAGUGCUUCUGCUGGAGUCUGGUGAGUGGUAAAGGGGUUGAGAGGGGGGUUAGGAAAAGCACACGCUCGUGCCCACACCUGCCAUGCCGCAGGACGAGGCCCUUACCCAGCUCCAAGAAAAUGGUGGUGGUGUUUCUGCCCAGGGCGUUGGAGGCCACGCACUCAGCACCUGUCCUCAACAGCUCUGGGGUCACAAGGACGCUCAGGACACUCAGGACGCUCUGUGGCUCUUGGUCUUGUUCCUGUGCCUACAGGAUGGGGACGCCGCUCAGGGAGGGGGGCGUGGGGAGGGUGCCCAUGGCCCGCAGCGGAGCCUUGGCAGGGGCGGUGGGCCUGCUCACCGUGCCCUCGACGCUCCAAGAGAUGGUGGGCCGGGGAUGUCCCGAGGCUUCGCAAGACAGAUUCAACACUGCAUUCUCCUGCACCCAUAUCCUCCUCUCCUUCUGUGUCAUCCAUGGGGACCC